AUGCAGGCGGGGAAGGGACCAAUUUACCCAGGGGAGUGGAAUUGGUAUAGCAAUCAAGGUAUCUUGUUAUUGUUUCUGAAGCAUCGAAAUUUUAUCAUUUCUUCGGGGUAUGAAGGCCUCUCAGAAAAAUUUCUGUCAUGUGCUGUUCCAAAGCUCUUGCUGUUAGCUGGAACAGAUAGAUUGGACAGAGCUCUAACAAUUGGUCAAAUGCAAGGCAAGUUUCAAAUGAUUGUUAUCAGACAUACUGGCCACGCUAUACAGGAAGAUGUGCCUGAUGAAUUUACUACUCAUUUACUCAGUUUUAUCUCUCGCAAUCGAAUAGGCCCUCAUGGCAUUGAGAUACCAGGAAUUCGCAGGCCAUCACCAUCAGAACCUUAA